AUGAACCACUUCGUGGCAGAGGUUGGUGCCUCCCCUCAUGCCAGCCACAAGAUCGGUUUCCGCGCGCAUCUUUCGGUCGUUGGGGUCGAGCUUAAGCGUGGUGCGGAACAAGUAAUUCAGUAUUGGAGCUUCUCUAAGCGUAGCCUUGCCAUCUGGAUGAGUGGCAACUUCUUUAAUGGCACUCUUGCUGUCAAUGGACUUGCUGCUAGCGUCGCUGAGCAAAGACCCCGUCCUCGUGCAGAACUGUGCAGUUUUAUCGUCGCAGAGUACCGAGCUCUACUAGCUUAA